GUGACUACUAUUGCUAUGCCUCUUGAAAGGGACCCCACAAUGAGUCAGUUCUCUAAUUCGUUGCUAUUGCACAUCAUCAAGAAACGAAUGGAAGGAUUUGGAACUCCUGCGUUUGAAGUUGAAUUCACAGCCAAUGCCUACAAUUAUUUACUCCAGCUGUUAACUGCCUCGAAAAAAGUAGCAUUGAAAGAUAUGGCAAAUAAACUAAAUGAUUAUCCUGGACUUGAUGAUGAGCUUCUUGCAAAGUGCCUGAUGAAAUUGACCGAAUACUCCCUAUUCGAAUUACUUGAGAAUCAACUGAUUGCAUUGGUAGGACGGCUUUCGCAAAACCCCACAAGGUCUGAUUUAGUAGUGAUGAUGGCUGUUUGGGCACCGGUGUGCUUGAAAUCCUCCUCACAAGAAAGGGUUGUGAGAUUUCUAGCAAGAGUCUGCAAAGAAACCAAGAAAUUUGGGACAUUCUACCUAUUCUUCUGCAACCUUGUGUGCCUCAAAGGCUGUCAAGCCGGACCUCUCGUCCUGAACACUUUUCGCUGGUUGAGCAAAGAGUUAUUACGGAGCGGAAGCAUUCUGUCAAGAAGUUUGUGUUACUACUGCAACUUCAUCGUCCAGAAAUUUCAAUUAGAAGUACCUGAUCAAUUGAAGAAUUGGCUCGCAGCUUGCCCUGCUCUGAAUGGUAUUACCAAAAGUCCUUAAGGCGCCAAAUGUUGGCUGAUGACCGAUACUCACGAUAUGCAUGCUUCUUGAUUGCCUCGACGUCUCAUGAAGCCCUGCUAACAGUUGUGGAUCAAGUUCUCCUUCCUUUUGCAAAGCGUUUUUAUUGCAAUAUGGAACUAGCAAAAUUUGCCGUUGCUUCUAUUGGAUUGAUGGGAGAUUUGUAUGUUGAUGCCAACAAGCCUUUGCAAAAUCACAUCUGGGAAACCCUGAAGAAGAUUGCUCAUCUUAAAAACGUUCCAAGUGAGCUUGUUGAUGAUUGCGUGUCUUCGCUGUUAAUUUCCUGCGAAAAUCUGAGCAACCUAGAGGCCUUCAUCUUAGGCACUUGCGACGAUAAGAUUUUGAAAGCGACUGAAAAAUGGGCCCUGAGUAAUUUUCCUUCUUGGGAACAGGACCUAGUGAAAAUCAGUGAUGAGGCCCCGUCAAGAUCUGAGAGUAGAGAAAUCCAUUUCAAACCAAUUGGUGUAUACAAAAGGGAUUUCCUUUCCUUGCAACCCGUUGCUAACGAAGCCAAGGCUGGACCAGCAAAGAAGAAAAAGAAAUCUGCGAAAACUGCAAAACAGGUUGAUGCGGGGAAGAAAAAGAAAAUGGUCAAGAGUACACCGAAAGUUCAAAUUUUGUACGUAUCUGAUGAAAAUGACUCUGAGGAAGAAAUUGGGUUUGAUGUGGUUACUCAUCGGCUGUGUGAGAUUGAAGAGGGCAAGAUGAAGAAAAUGCCUCUCUUAAAGAGAACCAUAAAUAAGCUUACUAGUGAUUUAAAUGCAGACAGAGGAGCUGAUUAUGACUAUACCUCUAGAUCAAAAUGAGUUUCUUCCGUAGUGUCAUUGACAGCCAGCUUUAACUUGUAAAGUCCUUCAAAUUUUAUCUCUGGAGAAGUUUCUCAAAUGCCUUUUUUGCUCUAUCAUGAUACUAUUUCAUUUCACAUGAAUUUAUACGAAGGAAGCUCUAAAAAUAUCUUAGCUAUGAAGUGAAGCUUCAAUGAUAUUGUAGAAUUUUCGAAUAUUAGAAUAGUAGUUGGGAACAAACCAAGACUUUAGAUGUGUCCGUCCUUUAACUCGAAACUUUGAUGUAUUUGACCGAUUGAGAAUAAAAAUCUAUGAG